CUGGAAGGGCUGAUCCUGCAUCUUUUCUCUCUUUCCUUUGUUCAAUAAAAAAUCUCUCAUCAAGUUGAAAGAAAGCUUUACACCCAACGCUCAUAUUCUGUCGACGGCGCUGCCCCUCACUACCUGCUGCUUUGUGCGCCACUUGCCCACCACUUACGAAUUCUCCCCAUCACAAAACUCUUUGCUCUGUUUAGUCUAUCAUCAUUGUCUCAUUGUAUUUGCUAUCUCAUAUUUCUCCAUUAAGGUCCUCGUCGGAUGGUUCUGAAAUAAAGCGUGAACCGACUCGUCGUGAUGGCGUACGAUGGCUUUCAGCCUGGUUUGCAUCCUUAUGGUCAGCCAGACAAUCCCAAUCCUAUGAACACAUCGGAACACCGUCCUUCUUUCGAGCCUCCAUAUCCGUACCAGCAGAACUCGGACUAUCUCAGUAUGCCUCAACCACAAGUCCCUCCCCAGCAAGCCCCUCCCCCGCAGACCGCUGCCCAGGGCUACUAUCCUGAACCGCCGCGUGAGCAGAAUUCCUGGCCACCUCCACCACCUCCUCAGACAGGCCGAAUCAACGAUGCAGUGACUUCUGCCGUCGGAAACAGUGCUCCUUCAUCUUAUGUAUCGCCAGAGCUCAUCGCGCAGAUAACGGCGAAUGUGAUCCAACAACUUGGGGCAGCCGGUAUCAACAGCCCAGUUAACCACCCGCCUCCACCACAAUGGGCAGCGCCUCAAGCAUAUCAGGCGCCUCAGUCAUAUCAAGCGCCAUCAGCGCCGCAUACUCCGACAAUCUCACACGGCACGCCUCCCCCCUCUACUUUCCAGCCGCCGCCUCCGCCUCCACCUCCACAGUCCGAACAGCCCGAUGCUCCGUCUCAGCAAUCCAGGUUGAGCGAAACUCCUCCUCAGGAGAAGUCGAGAAGAGAAUCACCCGCUAGCCAAAUGAGCGACAGCGGUCAGAAAGCUGAUUCCCGCCCGAAACCACCUAUGAGAACUGAUACGUUUCCGACUACUCUGGAGAAGAUAUGGGGAAAGCUUUUUGACGACGGUAAGCCAACCGAAAGGCUUGGGCAGUUCUUGCGGGGAAUCGCAAUGUACUUGAUCGAGCAUUUUCCCCCCGGAGACACGCUCGUUGUAGUUCCUGAGAAACUGCAGAAAUUCUAUGCUGAUACCAGUAUUGCAAGCGACCCGUAUCCUUGGGAAGAUAUUUUCGAUGACCGUACAUCCUCGAUUUCGAGACUAUUUCGGGAUUUCCAAAUCGAACACCACCUUGUACAGGUCAGGUUGGACGAAAGACCUGACGUGCCUGCGCUCACACCCAAGGGUUUCGAGCUUUUCGUUACGUUGAUGAUCCAAGCACAUCCGGACAAGGAAUAUGAACGGAUGCAAAAGGCCGUGUUGAACAUGCCAAUCAGCAAUCCAGAUAACAAGAAAGAGCGGUUUCCCAAGGAAAUACCAAGGCGGCUAUUCCCCGAGAUACCAGACCUUGUUCUGCGCGAAAAGCUUGACGAAAGCAUCAAAAAACACUGUGGCGUGGAGCUGCCGCCAAUUACUGAGGAUGAUGUUAAGAAGGUCGCCGCAUUGCGUGCCAAAUCGUCUACAAGCACGACUGUUGCUGUCGAAGAAUCGAAUCCGUCGACGACCCAGCGGGAGAAGAAGCCAUACCAACCGCCAACAUCAGCAGUUGUCGACGACGAGGACGAAGAACAAUCUCCCCCCGCUAUUGAGCGGAAACGGAAACCUUACACAGCGCAACCAGGAGGAGGAAAGGUCUACGAAGGGCCGGGCUCUCCUGUACAUCGACACGCAAAUUCUUUCUCCACGAACUCAAGUAACAAAGAGUCGCGGCCCUCUGCGACUCGUGUCCCUGACUCACCUCCCUACCGAUCUAGAGGGACUUCGCGCACGAGAACAGGAGCAUCAACUAGGUCACGAAGUCGGUCGCGCUUCCGUUCAGGCCAUGAGUACAGACACUCUGAAAGCGAUCUCCUGAAUGGCUCUCGUAAACCUGGAGCAACAUCCAGCGGGGAUUACUACUAUGACCUGCCAUCGUCCUCAUCCAUCCCAAGUGAUUUGCUAGACCAGUAUCGCGAGCUUGACCGGAGCGCGGAAGACCAUAGGCUUUACGAACAAAUCCGUGAGCGCGAGAAAGAGCGCGAGAAGAGCAAGUACCAUGAUAGCCUCCCAUCGCGGUCUAGCUGGUCAAACGACGAUGAUUACUAUCGUGGUCUACUCGGUGGACAAGGUGGCGGGCCAGCAUCGGGGUAUGACUACAAAGGUUACCGGUAA